CUGCUGAAUUCAUCGAAACAUUUAACUGCAUUCGGUUGCCUUUUCUUGCGGUCCGUUAAAAGAAAAGAAAAUAAUUUCAAAUCUUCGCGAAAAAUAUAACGAGUGGUAUUUGGCUUACUUUAAACAAUACAAUCAUUACGGCAUUCCAAUAAAAAACCUCACAACCCUGUUUUCAUUGAGAAUACGAACAUAGCGGUUUUUUCGGUAACUGUUUUCGUUGCAGAGCGCGUAAAAAUUCAAAGCAAUUCUCCAAAAGAUUGCGCGAUUGUGUGUUUUUUUUUUUUUUGUGUGUGUGCGUUUUCGGAAAUAAAAACAUAAUCGUGUCGCCAUGCUAAAGUUUCGGAAUGCCAAAUGAGCUAUAAACAAAAAGAGCUACUUAGAGGAACUGAUUAAAAAUGCCGAACCGCCUGAACUGAGGAAAGACAGAACGAGAGAGCCGCUUGAAAUCAGCUGGGAAAGACCGUGAUCGACGUGAAUAUCCACCAACACAAUGGCCAUCAAUCAGGGCAAGUACAAGCCGACGAUCUGCGCCAUCGACGAGGUGGAUGACCGCAGUUUCAAGCUGCACAACAGCCAGGACGAGAUCGGUGGCAAGCAGCAGCUGCAGCAGAUCGAGGGCAGCGAGACGGCUCCGCUGACCACCAACCAGCAGAAGCUGCACAUGGACGACGGCUCCCAUUUGACGCCCAAGGAUCUGGAGGCGGCGCGACAGGAUGCCCUCAACGAGGUCAGCGGCGCCGGAGCGGGCGGCAGGACACCGGCGGCCAUCACACCCAACUCCACGCAUCCGUCGGCCAAUGGACUGAGAGCCUUGCUGCUUCCAGGCCGACGAUCCUUCGACGCGCUGAUGAGUCUGUCGCGCAAGCGGCGCAUCCUGUACGUGACCACCGCCUGCCUGUGCGCCCUGCUCCUGCUGAUCGUCAUCCUGCUGCUGGCCUUCUGGCCCGAGGUGCCCUUCUACCUCCGCGCCCCGCUCUGCCUGGAGAAGGAGUGCGUGGAGAGCAGUCGCCAGCUGCUCCUGUGGGCCAACACCUCGAAGAGUCCUUGCCACGAGACGUACGACUGGGCGUGCGGCAACUUCGCCAGCGACUACGCCAACCACGAUUACUUUGUGAUCAAGCGCGGCGAGUGGAACUACGAGACUUACAAUGAGUAUCAGGAACUCAACGAACUGAAUCGCUUUAUUUCCAUGCUGCCGAACUCUGGCGAGGGUGCCUACUCCGUCGAGUCCACGGUGACGAGCUUGUAUCGCAGUUGUCGCGACAUCGAUUCCCUGGACAAAAGCCAGUCGGAUCUGCUUCUGAAACGAGCCAUCAACGCAGUGGAGGGCUGGCAGGCAUUCCGGGAGACGAAUCGACUGCAGUCCUGGGACCACCGGAGGGUGCUGGUCCUCCUGCAGGCCAAGUACGGCAUAUUUCCCUACUAUCGCGUCAGUGUGGAGAACGGCUACAGUAAUCCCCACGACUAUGUGAUCACCCUGGACGAGGGGGAGAUCGGACUGCCGAACAAGUACUUCUAUGGCAACGAUGCCGACGAGGAGGUGGUCCGUGGCUACAAGCUCCUCCUCCGCGAUUUCGCCAUCAAUAUGGGUAUUGUUUCCCGGGAGGCAGAUCUAUUUGCCGACGAAAUUUUCCACUACGAACGUCGCAUUGUGAAUCACAUCGAGGAUGCCAAAGCUGGCGGAGAUCGUCAGCUGAAUAAGAUAAUGCGUCUGGCCGAUCUUAAGACUAAAGCGCCUUCCUUGCCCAUUCUGGAAUCGCUGAAGGCCAUCUUUCCGAAAACCAAAAUCACCGAAGACACCGAGGUUUUGGUACGCGAUGUCGAAGUAAUGAAUGCUCUAUCCGUAUUGCUCUCCACCUCGGAUAAAAAGCCAAUUAACAACUUCAUCAUUUGGUCGCUGGUCCGCCAGAUGCUGCCGCAUUUGUCCAAGGAGUAUCGCACCCUGGCGGAGAACUUCGAUCAUGCGGUUUAUGGACGCACCGCCAGCUAUCCGAGGUGGCUCAUCUGCAGCAAGGUGGUGCGCGACUGGCUGCCUUUCGCGGUGGAUGCAUUGCAGCAACAGCCACCGAGGCAGCAAUUCGAAACGGCGGUCUCCAGCAACAGAAGGGGCGGAUUGAACAAGACGCAGGGCAACGAGGAGCUGCUCCGCCUGAUGUUCUACAGUCUGCGCAAUCAGCUGAAGGAUUCGCUCGAACAGGCCAAAUGGCUGGAGCCGGCGGCCAGGCAGUUCAUCCAGAAGAAACUCAACGAGAUGCGGCUGCAGUUCGGCAUACCCGACGAGGUCUUGGACCAGGCCGACUAUCUGAAGCACUACUACAGCGACCUGAUGCUAAACAAUCUGUACUUCGUGGAGCACUUGGAGUCGAUUUGGACAUUCCGUCGCACGCGGAUGGAGAAGAAAUUGGGCACGCUGGGCAUGCUGGAUGUCAUUGUUUCCGAGAUGUACACAAGGGACAAUCCUCAGGCCAUCGGCUACUCCAACAAGCUGAACAUGCUGCUCGUCUCCAGGGUGUUGAUAAGCUCCAAUUACUACGACUACCGAUACCCAGUAGCUGUGAACUUUGCCCGCAUUGGCACCGACAUUUUGGAGGCCCUGAUCGACAACUUCUCCACCUUCCUGCUGCAGUUCAACACGCAGAGCGCGGACAUCAGUGACGCGGCGCCGGAGAUCCGUUACGCCCAGCCGGAUGUGAACUGCCUGGCGGCGGGACAGCCACCUCGACUCGUCCACGAACUGAACGACUUGUCGAGCAGCGCGCUGAAGAGCUUCCAUGUGACGCUGAGCGCGGCCAGAACGGCGGCCCGGGCAUUGAGCAGCUUUGUGGGCGCCAUCGAUGCGGGCAGUGCCAUCCAGGGAUCGGGAAUCGAUCAGGCCAACACGUACGAGGCCCUCGGACUCACCAGGCGGCUGAGGAUUCCCGGCCUGAGGUCCUUCAACGAGAACGAGCUGUUCACGCUCGCCUACAUGCAGCAGCACUGCAGCACCACGAUUGCGGACAAGGACUACGCCAGGAUCAAGCCGCAUGUGGAGAGCCAGCUGGCCGAGAGUUAUCUCUUCAAUGCCACCUGGCAGCACAUCCAGUUCCUGCCACGCUCCACAAAUUGUGCCGCCGCCGAGGCAAGUUGCUCCAAUCUGCUCUGAAACGCAAAUGACCAUCCACCAGGACUUCCAGCGAAGACAGAUCCUUGUGGAUGAAGACGACGAGAAACAUGAACUCGACUGCUUGAAUGGAUCAACCUAUUUAUUGUACUUUUUUUUUACUCCCACACAUUGCCAGAGACACAGAAACAGACACAGAUACAGAUACAGAUACAGAUACAGAUACAGAACAGAGAUGACAGAAUCCAGAUGGCUACCCGCGCACACAUCGCCUUAGUUGUAGUUUUAGCCAUUAAGCCUAGCACGUAGAUUAACCAUGAAGGAUCAGACUUAACAUUGACUAGCCACUGUUGACAUCACGCCACACAUUCGCACUCUGCCACAACUUGACUCGAAGCAACCAAGUUGGGCAGUUAGUCGGCUUAAGUACGAACCCCACGCCUAAUUUAGUCUAGUUCGGUAAACUAAACUUAGUUAGCUGCUAAGCGCCGUCUGCCACCCUGUAUAAAUUGAUGAAUUUGAUUUGAUUUUUGCAAUACAAUUAAACGAGAAUGACUUUUCACAAAACUCGAAAAGCAAUCCAGAA